AUGUUCAAACCAACCCAAACAUAUGAUCAAGUGGCCGCGGCAGAGUUACAAGCAGAAUUAGACGAGUGGCACGAGGAACCCAUAGAGAGCGUGGAGAGCAGGAGUAACCAGGUCAAUCUACACCGGAGGCCAGGUUUCUACAAGAAGGCAUUGCUCGGAUCGAUUACCGUGAAUGCUGUAUUGCUCAUGGUGUGUGGAUGGCUGUAUUUGAAGCUUAGAGUUGCGCGCACUGCUUGCGCUCCUUCAAGCAAUACAGCAACUUAA